AUGCACACUUGUAAAACAACGACAGACAGUCCGCUUUUGGAUUCAACUCCAUUUGGAUUCAAUGCAACAUUCAAUGAAAUUGAUUUUGGCAAAUAUGAUGGGCUGGUGAUACCUGGAGGACGGGCUCCAGAAUAUCUUGCCAUGAACGAAUCUGUGUUAGAUUGUGUCAGGAAAUUUUCUGACUCAGGAAAGCCAAUUGCCUCUGUUUGCCAUGGACAAUUGAUCUUGGCAGCUGCAAAUUCAGUAAAAGGUCGGAAAUGCACUGCAUAUCCUGCUGUGAAACCUGUGCUCAUUGAUGCUGGUGCUUAUUGGGUUGAACCUGAAACAAUGAAAGCUUGUGUUGCUGAUGGCAAUAUCAUCACCGGAGCUACAUAUGAGGGGCAUCCUGAGUUCAUCCAGCUAUUUGUGAGAGCACUGGGGGGCAAGAUAACUGGUUCAGAUAAGAAAAUUUUGUUUCUCUGUGGGGAUUUCAUGGAAGAUUACGAGGUAACUGUUCCUUUUCAGUCUCUUGAAGCUCUUGGGUGCCAUGUUGAUGCAGUUUGCCCCAAGAAGAAGGCUGGGGACACCUGCCCAACUGCAGUCCAUGAUUUUGAAGGUGACCAAACUUACAGUGAGAAGCCUGGUCAUAGUUUCACUCUAACAGCAAGCUUUGAAGGUUUGGAUGCCUCAAAUUAUGAUGCUCUUGUCAUUCCUGGAGGUCGGGCUCCAGAAUACUUGGCACUGGAUGAGACAGUGAUUGCUUUGGUGAAAGAAUUCAUGCACUCUAAGAAGCCUGUUGCAUCUAUCUGCCAUGGGGAGCAGAUCUUAGCUGCUGCCGGAGUUCUUAAGGGAAGAAAAUGUACCGCAUAUCCUGCUGUGAAGCUGAAUGUUGUCUUGGGAGGGGCAACAUGGCUAGAACCUGAUCCAAUAGAUCGCUGCUACACUGAUGAAAACUUGGUUACAGGUGCUGCUUGGCCAGGGCACCCUCAGUUCGUCUCUCAGUUGAUGGCCUUACUUGGCAUCCGAGUGUCAUUUUAGCUAUUUUCAUGUAACUAGUAUGCUUGUAUCUUAUAUCAAAUAACAUGGGGAUGUAUGCGGUUUCCAUGUUUGGGUCUAGGAAUCCAUCUUGUAUCACAUGGAUCCUUGUCACUUGUAUGCGGUUUGCCUGAGCCGAAAAUAGACUUCUAUACCAUGCAAACAAGUGACUUUCUGGAUUGUUGGUUGUGGGAAAUGAGUGAUGACCUAUCCAUAGGGUGCUGUGAAUGAAUCAUGUGGCCUGAUUAUAAAGGAUGUGGAAUUUUGCUUGCA